AUGGCGAUUCGGCUGAAGAGGCUCUCAGGCUACAGCGGGCUGGCACUGCUGUGCCUUUUUGAGGGGCUGCUGUUUGAAGCUAGGGCCGGCAAGAUUCGCUACUCGGUGGCAGAAGAGACAGACAAAGGUUCCUUCGUAGGCAACAUUGCCAAGGACCUGGGGCUACAACCCCAGGAGCUGACGGAGCGCGAAGUCCGCAUCGUCUCCAGAGGUAAGAUGCAGAUUUUUGCUUUGAACCCACGAAGCGGUAGCUUAAUCACCGCGGGCAGGAUAGACCGGGAAGAACUCUGCGCUCAGAGCGCGCUGUGUCUGGUGAAUUUUAACAUCCUACUAAAGGAUAAAAUGAAGCUUUUCCCUGUCGAAGUGGAAAUAAUUGAUAUUAAUGACAAUACUCCCCAAUUCCAGUUAGAGGAACUGGAAGUUAAAAUGAAUGAAAUAACCACUGUAGGUACUAGAAUCCCUCUCCCGUUUGGGCAAGAUCUUGAUGUGGGGAUGAACUCACUCCAGAGCUACCAGCUCAGCUCCAAUCCUCAUUUCUCCCUAAAAGUGCAACAGGGAGCUGAUGGACCCCAACACCCAGAGAUGGUGCUGCAAAGUCCGUUAGAUAGGGAAGAAGAAGCUGUCCACAACCUAGUGCUCACAGCCUCUGAUGGGGGUGACCCCGUCCGCUCUGGCACCCUUCGCAUACACGUUCAGGUGGUGGACGCGAACGACAAUCCUCCAGCUUUUACUCAGGCACAAUACAACGUAAGUGUCCCUGAGAACGUCCCACUGGGUACUCGGCUGCUUGUCGUAAAUGCCACAGACCCAGAUGAGGGAGCCAAUGGGGAAGUAACAUACUCCUUCCACAAUAUAGACCACAGAGUGGCCCAAAUAUUUCAAUUGGAUUCUCACACUGGAGAAAUAUUAAAUAAAAAACCAUUGGACUUUGAGGAAUAUGAAAUAUAUCCCAUGGAAAUUCAAGCUCAGGAUGGUGCUGGACUCAUGGCCAGAGCUAAGGUGCUGGUCAAAGUUCUGGAUGUGAAUGAUAAUGCCCCAGAGAUGACCAUCACCUCUGUCACCACUGCAAUUCCAGAAAACUUUCCUCCUGGAACCAUAAUUGCUCUUAUCAAUGUGCAUGACCAGGACUCUGAAGAAAAUGGUCAUACCACAUGUUCCAUUUCUGAAAAUCUGCCCUUUAAAUUAGAAAAGUUAGUUGACAAUUAUUACCACUUAGUGACAGAAAGAAUACUAGACAGAGAAUUUACCUCUGGGUACAACAUCACGGUGAUUGUAGCAGAUAAGGGAACUCCAGCUCUGUCUACUGAAACUCACAUUUCACUUCUAGUGACAGAUAUCAAUGACAACCCUCCCACCUUCCCUCAAGAAUCCUACUUUGCCUAUAUUCCUGAAAACAAUCCCAGAGGUGCCUCCAUCUUUUCUAUGAUUGCCCACGACCUUGACAGCAAUGAGAAUGCACGAGUCACUUACUCCCUGACUGAAGACACUAUCCAGGGGGUGCCUGUGUCCUCCUACUUCUCUAUCAACUCUGACACAGGAGUCCUGUAUGCCCUUCGCUCCUUUGACUUUGAGCAGUUCCGAGACUUGCAGUUGUCGGUGACAGCAAGAGACAAUGGGGACCCACCACUCAGCAGCAAUGUGUCACUGAACCUGUUAGUGCUGGACCAGAAUGACAAUGCUCCCGAGAUCCUGUACCCCACGCUACCCAGUGAUGAUUCCACUGGUGUGGAGCUAGCACCCCGUUCAGCAGAGCCUGGCUACCUGGUGACCAAAGUGGUAGCGGUGGACAGAGACUCAGGGCAGAAUGCAUGGCUGUCCUACCAUGUACUCAAAGCCAGUGAGCCAGGGCUUUUCUCAGUGGGGGUGCACACAGGCGAGGUGCGAACGACCCGGGUCCUGCAGGACAGAGAUGCAUUCAAACAGAGCCUUGUGGUGGCCGUCCAGGACCACGGACAGCCUCCUCUCUCGGCCACAGUCACUCUCACCGUGGCCAUUGCUGACAGCAUUCCCGAGGUCCUAGCCGACCUGGGCAGCGUCAAGACCCCUGUCAACUCCAACGACUCAGGCCUCACGCUGUACCUGGUAGUGGCAGUGGCCGCAGUCUCCUGCAUCUUCCUCGCCUUCGUCAUUGUACUGAUGGCUCUCAGGCUUCGGCGCUGGCACAUCUCACGCCUGCUCCAAGCUAGGAAUAGAGGAUUGGCAGAUGUACCCGCCUCUCACUUUGUAGGCAUGGACGGGGUGCAGGCUUUCCUGCAGACUUAUUCCCAUGAGGUCUCCCUCACCGCAGAUUCCCGAAAGAGCCAACUGAUUUUCCCCCAGCCCAACUAUGCGGAUACGCUCAUCAGCCCCAACAGCUGUGAGAAAAAGGAUUUUUUAUCAGCACCUCAACCUUUACUUGAAGACAAACAAGAAACAUUUCCCCAGGUAAACUCUUUGUAG